ACCCUGCGACGGUUAAACUGCUACUUUUGCUGUGUAAUCCGAACAGGCGCAGCUUCAACGCGGUUCCAGCGUCUCUGUUUUUCCUGAUAAUCCUCAUUCUGCUUGUUGGACGCCAUGGAAUAUUUAAUCGGGAUUCAGGGGCCGGACUAUGUGCUGGUCGCUGCGGACAAUGUUGCUGCCAGCAGCAUUAUUCAGAUGAAACACGACUACGACAAGAUGUUCAAGCUGAGUGAGAAGAUCCUGCUGCUGUGUGUGGGCGAGGCCGGGGACACGGUGCAGUUCGCCGAGUACAUCCAGAAGAACGUUCAGCUCUACAAAAUGAGGAACGGUUAUGAACUGAGUCCGUCAGCAGCAGCGAACUUCACCCGCAAGAACCUGGCAGACUAUCUACGGAGCAGGACGCCGUACCACGUCAACCUGCUGCUGGCGGGCCACGAUGACGCUGACGGACCGGGCCUGUUCUACAUGGACUACCUGGCGUCUCUGGCCAAGGCGCCGUUCGCCGCCCACGGAUACGGCGCCUUCCUCACCCUGUCCAUCCUGGACCGGUACUACCGACCAGAUCUGACCCGGGAUGAGGCUGUGGACCUGCUGAAGAAGUGCGUCGAAGAGCUCAACAGACGCUUCAUCCUGAACCUGCCGUCCUUCAACGUUCGUCUGAUCGACAAAGACGGGAUCCACGACAUGGAGAAGAUCUCCAUCGGAACCAAGUGACCCGACCCGACCCGACCCGAUUCUUUUUGUACUCAGGCCUUUGUUCUGUUCUGUUCUGUUCUAAUAAAAGAUCCCCAGUAGAAA